AUGGCUGAAGCAAGAGGCCGUGCAAUUGGGAUUGAUCUGGGGACAACAUAUUCAUGUGUUGCUGUGUGGGAGCACGAACAGGGUCAUGUGGAAAUCAUAGUGAAUGAUCAGGGCAACAGGACUACCCCAUCUUAUGUUGCAUUCACUGAUACUGAGAGCUUAGUAGGCGAUGCAGCAUUUAACCAAAUUCUGAGAAACCCUACCAACUCAAUCUUUGAUGCAAAGAGGUUAAUUGGCAGGAAAUUCAGUGACGCCACUGUUCAAAGUGAUUUGAAACUCUGGCCAUUCAAGGUCAUUAAAGGUCCUGAUGAUAAGCCGAUGAUUGUGGUUACCCACCAGGGACAAGAAAAGAUGUUUGCUGCUGAAGAAAUCUCAUCCAUGGUUCUCACAAAGAUGCGGAAGACUGCUGAAGCCUACCUUGGAUCAACUGUGAUGAAUGCAGUUAUCACUGUCCCUGCUUACUUCACUAACUCUCAACGUCAGGCUACAAAAGAUGCAGGUGCCACUGCAGGCCUAAAUGUGAUGCGCAUCAUCAAUGAACCAACUGCCGCAGCUAUUGCAUAUGGCAUUGACAAGAAGGCUGGUGGGUAUAGGAAGAAAAAUGUGCUGAUAUUUGAUUUAGGUGGUGGUACUUUAGAUGUGUCACUACUGAGUAUAUGUAAUGGUGUUUUUGAAGUUAAAGCCACGGCAGGAGAGACUCAUCUUGGAGGUGGAGACUUUGAUAACAGAAUGGUGAAUUACUGUGUUGAGCAAUUCAAGAGGAAGCAUAAGCCCAUGAUUGUGGUUACCUACCAGGAACAGGAAAAACAAUUUACUGCUGAAGAAAUCUCAUCCAUGGUUCUCAUAAAGAUGCGGAAGAUUGCGGAGGCAUACCUUGGCUCAACUGUGACAAGUGCAGUCAUCACUGUCCCUGCUUACUUCAACAACUCUCAACGCCAGGCUACAAAAGAUGCAGGUGCCACCGCUGGCCUAAAUGUGAUGCGCAUCAUUAACGAACCAACUGCUGCAGCCAUUGCAUAUGGCAUUGAUAAGAAGGCCAGUUGGCAUGGCAAGAGAAAUGUGAUGAUAUUUGAUAUAGGUGGAGGUACUUUAGACGUGUCAUUACUUACAAUAGGUGAUGGUGUUUUUGAAGUGAAAGCCACCGCUGGAGAGACUCAUCUCGGAGGUGAAGACUUUGAUAAUAGAUUGGUGAAUUACUGUGUUGAGCAAUUCAAGAGGAAGACAAACGCAGACCUGACUGGAAACUCUAGAGCUCUUAGGAGGUUAAGAAAUGAAUGUGAGAAGGCAAAGAGGAGGCUUUCAUUUUCGGCUACAACUGAGAUAGAAAUUGAUUGCUUGGAUAAAGACAAUGAUUUCUAUGUGACCAUUACGCGUGCCAAAUUUGAACAACUGAACCUCGAUUUCUUCAACAAGUGUAUGGAACCCGUGGAGAAGUGUUUGAGGGAUGCAAACAUGGAUGUAGACAGUGUUGAUGAUGUUGUUCUUGCUGGUGGCUCUUCUAGAAUUCCCAAGGUGCAGCAACUGUUAGAGAAUGUGUUCAAGGGGAAGGAGCUGUGCAAGGGCAUUAAUCCUGAUGAGGCUAUAGCCUAUGGCGCUGCUGUUCAAGCAGCGGUGUUGAGUGGAUAUGAGAUUGAGAAGCUUCAAGAUUUCACCCUCUUGGAUGUCAUCCCUCUAUCACUUGGGGUUGAGAUUAGCGUGCCGAGUACAGGUGAUGAACAUUGUAUGCAGGUUGUGAUUCCAAGAAACACCAGAGUUCCCAUAAAAGUGAACAUCACUUUGUGGACUACGUAUAACAACCAAGUUGAAGCCGUAUUUGGAAUUUACGAGGGUGAGAGCUCAACAACCUUAAAUAAUAACUUUUUGGGUAAAUUUGUUCUUGAGGGCAUUCCUCCAGCUCCUGCUGGACAUAUAAGUUUCGAUGUUUGCUUUGAUAUGGAUGCAAAUGGCAUUCUAAGUGUCUCUGCUCAGGAUACGUCUACCGGCCAGAAGAAAGGGAUUACUAUCAUCAGUAAGAAACAGUGAAGGAAUAAAGGGCAUGAAGUUCUGCCCGUACCAGAAAUGUAUUGGUAUUUGGUAAUAAAGUUUUUUUUUUUUUGAUAUGUUUUAAGGGUUUGGCCAUACUUUUUAAUGUUGUAUGCAAGUGUUAAUGAACUUACUUUCCUUUUAAGCAUAUGUUGGACAAUGAAAUGAUACUCUACUUUGAC